UCCGGCGGCGGCAUGUCCGGCCGGGAGAGCGUGCAGAUCCCGGACGAUCGCGACUUCGACCACUUCCGAACGGAAUGCACCUCGGAAGCCGGCUGGCACCUCACCUACCACCGAUCCGGCAUCGCCGUCUGGAUCCAGGUGCUGGAGGCCGAGAAGUCCCUGCACAAGAUCAAGUGCAGGAUGGAUUGCAAAGACAUCUCCGUGGAAACGCUGUACGACGUGCUGCACGACAUCGAGUACAGGAAAAAGUGGGACACCAACGUCAUCGAGACCUUCGACAUCGGCAAGCUGACCGUCAACGCAGAUGUCGGAUACUACGCCUGGAAGUGUCCCAAACCUUUGAAGAACCGAGAUGUCAUCACGCUGCGUUCCUGGCUACCGAUGGGCAGCGACUACAUCAUCAUGAACUAUUCGGUCAAGCAUCCUAAAUACCCUCCGCGGAAAGACAUGGUCAGAGCCGUCUCCAUCCAAACGGGCUACCUGAUCCAGGGCAAAGGAGCCAAGAACUGCAGCCUCACCUACCUUGCUCAGGUAGAUCCCAAAGGUUCUUUGCCAAAGUGGGUUGUGAAUAAAUCUUCUCAAUUCCUGGCUCCCAAGGCCAUGAAGAAGAUGUACAAGGCCUGCGUCAAGUACCCCGACUGGAAGCAGAAGCACAGCCCCCACUUCAAGCCCUGGCUCUACCCGGAGCAGAAUACCCUGCCCAGCCUGGCCCUCUCCGACCUCUCCAUCCAGCACGCCGACUCCCUGGAGAACAUUGACGAGAGCAGCCUGGCCGAGACCAAGGAGGAGCGGGCCGAAGGCAGCGACGAGGACAGCGUCAACUGAGGGCCCACCGGCCGGAGGGGGGAGGAGGGGAGGGCGGGGAGAGCUGUGCCGCCCACCCACUCUGACCCACACCCACCCACCCACCUGGGCUCCUUCUUGCCUGUGCAACUCCUGUCUUUGCAAAGGAGGCAGGGUGGGCCGGCCUCAUUUAGUGCCGGUCAUAGGACAGGAUUCUUCUCCUUCUCUGGAGGGUCAGUGAGUCAUGGGACGCUUCAGGCAGAGAGCCAGGUUUUCGGAGGAAGGCACCCCAUUCAUGUUGGCAGUUCCCCCUUCACUCCCCCCCAUGCCAGACACCCCCGUCUCCUCCUGUGGCUGGUUUCUUUCCUAGCUUUUUCUGCAACGGCCACCUUCCUUUGGCUGCACAGAGGGGUGGGGGGAGGGAAGAAGAGCCGGGGUCUUUCCACGGGACCCCUGAGCUUUGCAAGACGGCAGGUAAUCCGGAGGAAGGAGGACAUUUCUUCCCAUGAAGGCAUCUGCUGCUCCUUGGAGAGGUUGGGAUGGGGGGGGGGCUACCUUGGCAGGGAACACCCCCUCCCCCCCGUGCAAAGCCUUUUGCCUUUACUGGGGGGGGGGGACAACAUGGGUAGAAGGCCUCCCCCCCAGCAAGAGGUGGAAGGCUGCUGGAUUUCCAGUUUCAGCUUCCUCCAGCGUUGACCAGGGAGCCCUUGGGGGGGGGGUCCUACUUACGCCUGCAACCUCUUUGGUGUUGCGUUAUUGCUGCAUCCUAGUGGACGGCAGACCAAAAAGCCCCUCCCCACAUGACAGGAACCCCCCCCACCCCCAACACACACUGCCAAGACCCUCUCCCCACCAUUUCUGGACCCAAGAAGGAGCAGGGCAGUGGUGGGUUUCACUUACCUUUGCUACUGGUUCGCUCGCACAGCUUCUGAAGCUUCUGCACAUGCGCAGAGUGCAUUUGAUGACAUCCGGGCAGGUGGGCGGAGCCUCCCACCACUGCUAUUUGCCCAAACCGGGGCGAACCGGUAGCAACCCACCAGUGGAGCAGAGUGCCCCCCUCCCUGUGGGUCCCUCCGAGAUUCAAAAUUCUGGGAUGGGUCAGGAUGGCAGCCACGAUGGUUCUGCCCACAGCUCUGCCUGUCUUUUGCGUGUCUCCCGCUGGCAAGACUCACGAAACGCCACCAGAGCUUUGGUGGAAAUAUCCCAACGGCCAUUUGUGCCCCGUGGACGCCUCCUCUCCCCCGUGCCGCCCCCCCCCAGGUCUCGUGGAAAGCCCUGGAUGUUGGGCAGGGCCAUUGCGACCUAUGGGUGGGCAUGACUUCUACCGUAGCACGUCCGCUUGCUUUCUCACCUCACAGGUGGUCCUCGACUUCACUUAGUGACCGUUCGAAGUUAUGGCCGUUGCAGCAUCCCCAGGGUCACAUGAUCCAAAUUCAGACGCUUGGCCACUGACUCGUAUUUAUGACGGUCAUGGUAUCCCUGGGGUCACGUGACCCCCUUCCACAACCUCCUGAGAAGCAAAGACAAGGGGGAAGCCAGAUUCGCUUAACAGCCGUGCUACUAAUUUAAUUACUGUGCUUAACGACGGUGGCAAGAACGUUCGUUCAAUGGGGCAAAAUUCACUUAACAAGUCUCUCGCUUUGCAACAGAAACGUUGGGCUCAAUUGUGGUCAUAAGUCGAGGACUACCUGUACAAAGUUGGGCAUGAAGUGUGACUUGCUUAUGGAAGGUAGAGAUGGACCCUAACCUUAACUCUAAGACUCUUUCCCACGGCUGAUCUGCAAGCAUCUGGCUGCCUUCUGUAGUGGCUGUGAGUUCUGCCUUCAUGUCCUGGGUGAGUCCACCUGUAAAGUCCUUCAGCUUGGAGAGGGGGGGCCUUCGGCUACUUUGGGGGGGGACAUCAGCUCCCUGCUUUGACCCUGCUGGUUUCAGCUGGACCCAGGGGGAGAAUGAUGGCACCCCCCCAAGAAGCCAAUGUCCUUCUGGGCCCGCUCUCGGAUAGGUAGGGAGAAGGAGAGUCCAUCCUAUAGAGCAGGGGUUUCUCCAUCCUUGGCCACUUUAAGACCUGUGGAAAGCUAUGGAAAGCAAAGUUGGCUGAGGAAUUCUGGGAGUUGAAGUCCACAGGUCUUAAAGUGGCCAAGGUGGGAGACCCCUGCUGUAGAGGACAUCUCCAUCACAUUGCAUCAUUUGUGAUCCCUGAGGUCUUCAGGCUCUUGUCCAACGGGCAGUUGAGCCACUUCAACUAUCUAUCUCUAUAUCUCUAUAUAGAGAUAGAGGCACGAUAUUCUGAUGGUGUGACCUAGCAGAACGUGGCAACAGCCUUCUCCGGCUGCCAGAUGGGCCACGUCCAAGAGCAGAGUCACCUUGCCAGCCUAAACAGGUGGACACCCUCUGCUGUGCUCCUCUUCCUCCCAAUGAAAUUGAGCUCUGUGUGUGUGUGUGUGUGUGUAUCUGUGUGUCAGCAAAUUUUUUUGGGGGGAUGAGCUGCCUACAAAACAUGGGGGGGGGCCCUUCCCAGUCAGGCCAUCUUGGGCCAAUCCAGGUGGGAAAGGCCAGGUCUACAGGUGAAGGUUCAAUGAACCUGAUUUAUUGCUAAAAGCGUAGGGGAUUUUCUCAACUCACGAUCAGCACCUGCUAGAGUCAAGGGGAUUCCAGUGAAGUUGGACUUAGUUUGCGGCUAUGUAAGGAUUCUAGGCUGGUGCCUCUUUUGACGCCACCCCCAGUUCUGCCAUUUCUUCCCUUAAACCAAGCAUGGAAAGGCAGCUGGGGGCAACCGAGACAACUUUUCCACCUUUGUUCUGGGAUUAUUAACACUCUUUCUAUGCUGGGGAGUACCUUGCCUGGUGGGGGAGCCCCUACCUCAGGGGUCAAGCAGCAGGAGAUAUUGGGGGGAUGCUUUCCAUGGAACCUCCCCUCUCUCCCUCUCUCACCCUCUCUCUUUCUCUUUCUCUCUCUUUCUCUUUCCUUCUCUCUCUUUCUCAUUCUCUCUCUCGUUCUCUUUCUCGUUCUCUCUCUUUUUCGUUCUCUCUCUCUCUCUCUUUCUAUCUCUUUCUCUUUCCCUCUCCCUCUCUUUCCUUUCUCUUUCCCCUUUUCCUCUCUUUCUCUCUCUUCCUCUCUCUCUUUCUCGUUCUCUCACUCUCACUGCCCCCUGCCGAGUCUGUAAGGCUAGUGGAGCAGGAAAAGUGAGAUUUGACUAGCCUUAAACUGUAGGAUUGUAACUGUAGCUUUCAGGGGCUGCUUUCCCUAUAGCCCCUUUUGCAUUUGGGGGGGGGGCGGGAUUUAAAAAAAGAGGGAAGUGGAUUUCAUAUCUUGUUACUGGACCAUUUGUUUCAAAAUAAACGGAGUUCAAAUUC